GAAAGAUAGGAGAAAAGAAAAAACGCGAGAAACGUUGUUCCCCUAAACUCUGAUCAAUUCGAGGAAGAUUAAGGGUGGGAAAAGCCAUGGAAGAGAUCUUGGGUUCAAGUGGUUCAGCAACAGCAAUCAACUCUUCCAAUAUAGGAUUUCAGCUAUUGAGGAAGCAAGGUUGGAAAGAAGGGUGUGGUCUUGGGAUCUCUGAACAGGGUAGAUUAGAACCCGUGGAAACUUAUGUGAAGAAUAAUAAACGAGGUUUGGGAGCGGAUAAAGUGAAGAAGAAGGUCGUGAAACCUGAUCAUAGUGAUGCUUCUAAAGGGAACAAUCAGAAGGAACGUAUGUUGGAAAAGAAAACCAAAGUACUUUCUAAACGGAUGAGAAAGAUGCAGGAGUUUGAAAAGAAAAUGCAGGAGAAGGAAUUUGAACGUGCUUUCUUCAGAGAGUUCUGGCCAGAAAAUGUGUAAAUGAGAAUUAGGUGGUUCAUAUCAUUAUGUGUCAGCAUGUCCUCUUGACUUACCUUCUUAGUACUGUAGACUGUAGAGGAUUCAGAGUUUGUGCAAGUUGGAUCUUCACGGUGUUUUCCCAGGGAUACAGGAGUUAGCCAAGGCUUUUCAAUUAGAAGGGAUUUCAGCACACCAUUUUUACGUGUAAAUAAUCAAGGGAAAUACUAGUUUCAUGUUAUAGGAGACUAAUAUCUCAUGUUGUAGACACAAAAUAUAUUAGGUUCAUUUUUUUAAAAUAAAUAAAUAAAUGAGUGUGUUUAUGACAUGAGAGA